CUCUCUUGAUAAUAAACUCUUUUUUAAAACUGCUUAUUUAUCUUUAUCAACCAUGAAAUAUUUCGCAUCUUUGGAUUGUUCCAUUAGUUCCCCAAAUCAUAGCAAUACUUUGCUAACUCUAAAUUUGUCACUUCUUCUGCUCAUUACUAACUAUAUCGGAAUUAAGAGGAAGAAAAAAUUAUUAUAGUUUUUAACAAAUUUUUUUUCUCAUAAUCUCCAAAAUGUUCCAGAAAAUAUGUUAUCUCAAAACAUUGACGGUUUAAAUGAGUCUCUGUUUUAUAUUUUGUCUUAAAGGAUCAUUUGUUUCAUCAUAAAACACAUUCUAGAAAAUAAAAUAAAUUUUAACUAAAUUCUUAUCAAUAUAAGAAUUGAGCUAUCAGAUUUUAUGCUGGAGAAUCUAAAUUGAAUGGACAUUCAAAUCGUGGCUUAGCUGAAUGUUCAAAAUUUUUGUUAUUUUAUCACUUACAGUGAAAAAUGCUGUCUCGAUAUUUUCGUAUCGUGAUCUACGCCACAAUAAUUGCCUAGUUGGGCAGUGAAACGUGAGAAACUAAAUCGCAGAAGAGUAUAACUGAUAGUCAAGUUUAAAAUCCAUUUGGCCAAGCUGGCCUGAACAAGUCUGAAUAAGAUAAUUCUUUGCCAAACAAUAGUAGCGUUUAGCUUACAUUGGUUUAUUCAAUGAAGCUCUUCAUGACUCAUUACAUUGAAGUUCCUUAUCCGUAUGAUGAAAUGCAAGAUUGUACAUAAUGAAGGAUUUUUAUUAGUAUUACUGCUGAUAUCAAUAAUUACAGUGAUCAAUUGUUCAUACUUAUCAUCUUAUUCAAGUAUUCAAGAAUUGUGCUCCAGUAACAGGUAUAUCUACAUUAUUAAACCUGAUGAACCACAAGAAUUAAGACUGACUUACAACACAACUGCCAAAGAAAUAGACAAGUGGUAUCGAAAAUCUAAGCGCAAAUGCCGAAUAGAACUCAAAACUAUAAAUGGCGCUUACCACUUUGCUCUCCAUAUGUCAAACAUGUCAAUACCAUCAUGCUCUGAGAAAUGCCAGUGUAAUUAUUUUGAAAUAGCUGAACCAGGUAAUACAGAAAAAUUUUGUGGAGAAAAUAAAGAAAACAUCUAUUUUGAAUCAAGAAGCAACUACCUAGCCAUAGACUUUCACCAUGAGAAUUCCAUGGCCUUUGGAGUUGUAAUAUUAUUCUCGGUAAAAAGAAAUAAUUACAUUAUUACAGGUCUGCCUAAUGAACCAUUCCACUCAGGACAUUUCAUAGAAACUCCAUAUUUUCCUAAUUCAUAUUCUGCAGACUAUCAAUCUGAAUACACAUUUCAUACGGAUGACCCAGAUGGUCGUGCAAUGUUAUUGUUUUUGGAUUUUCAAAUUUCUUUUUCUUCAUAUAUUGAGGUAAUUGGUCACAAUCAUACAAUACCAGAUCGAAUUUAUGGUGGUGUAUUUCGUCCUCCUGUUUUUGUUUCUCAGCAAAAUGAAUUAACCUUGAAAUUUGAAGCAAACUUACAGCCUGGAAAUUCUGGUUUCAGAGCAGUGGCGUAUUUUAUUAAAAGUUCAGAUGUAAAAGCAUCAAAGCCAUUUACAG